AUGAGCUCCUACACCCUCCGACUCGUCCCCAUCAAUUAUUCCAGUCCCGAUCUCUUCUCCCUCUCCUGCACUAGCAGUCGAGACAUUGUCGGCAAGCCGCUCAUCUCCGACGGCUCUGUUCCUGCCUUCCGGUUCGAAUCUGCGGUCUCUAAAGUCUCUCUUCCGUCGGUUCGUUUCCGCCGUGCACGAGUCACUAUCUCCUGGCCAUCCGCCACACACACCGUAGAAUGGGAUCAAGCAGGACUACUCCUGGUUCGGCCGCACCGGGAUCUACCAGAGCCAACGGCGUCAAACGCAGGGGAUCACUUGACCACGCCUUCGUUUGUGAAGAUUGGACUGGAGGUUGUCCGUGGCAAGCUUACCUGCGCUGUCUCUUCUUUCGAAAACGGAGGUCGAGCGGAAUGGAGUCUCUGGCCGCUUUCAAAGACAUUUUGGAAUACUCACGGGGCGACGUUUGAAAUCGUGAAACAUGGACCGUUGUUGGUUUGUUUCUUGGUCGAAGAGGAGGUGGAAGUGAUUCGGAAAUCCCUCAUGCGGACGGUGUCUUGGUGUUUCGACGACGUCGGAGUCGAUGAGCCAGAUAUAUGGGUGGGAUUCUAUGUCUCGCGGCCUAUUUGA